AUGGCGGCGUCAAUGGUGGAAGACGAGGAGGAGGAGUACGAGUUCGCGUGGGGCAAGAAGCGAGGCAUGGGUGGGAAGAAGAGGGAUGUGCAGUUCUACGAGUCCUUCACCUUCGAAGGGGUGCUGUACACUCUCAACGAUGCCGUUUGUCUCCAAAACGAAAGCAGCGAGGUGCCCCACAUCGGGAAGCUCAUCAAGAUAUGGGAGAAUCGCGAUAAGUCCCGGAAAGUCAAGGUGCAGUGGUUCUUCCGCCCCGGCGAGAUUCGGAAGUACUUGGAAGGGAUUCAAACCAAGGAGAACGAGUUGUUCUUGGCGUGUGGUGACGGCAAGGGCUUCGCCAAUGUCAAUCCUCUGGCUGUUCCCUCGUUUUGGGAAUCAAUUGUUGGAAAAUGCAAUGUUCUUUGUAUUUCUAAGAGCAUUGAGAACCCGCAUCCGUCAGAUGAAGCAAAGGCUGAUUUUGUGUUCUACCGAUACUUUGACGUUGGACAACGUAAAGUAGUGGAUCAGAUAGAUAACAAGGUUGUUGACAGCAUUAGGUGA